AGAUAAGCGUUCCAGAUCGUACUGGACCAAUCUGCCACCACACUUUGAUCACACACAGGAAGUUGAGAUCAGAAAAAUGCAGGCUGCCGCUACUGCCGCCGGGUUCUCGGCCGUGCUGCCCGCCAAGGGCAGGCCGGCGGCGAGGAGCAGGGUGGUGGCCCGUGUCCCCGCCACAAGGAGGAGCGUCCGUGUAGCUGCCGUCGUCGCGACCGAGGCCGCGCAGAUCGACUACAGCUCAAGCGUCUCGGUGUUCCCGAUGGAGGCCUGCGACCUGCUUGGUGGCGACGCGUGCAACGGGCCCAUGUUCCCGGAGGCCAAGCCCGCCUCGGCGGCGGCGGCGGCGAGCAGGAGUGUGGUCGGGGUGGACAGGGACUACCUGUCCUACGACGAGCCAAAGACGGUGUUCCCGGGCGAGGCGUGCGAUGACCUUGGCGGCGAGUUCUGCGAGGCGCCGUACCAGGACGGCGUCUCCAAGGAGCUGGCGCACGCCUGAAGACCCUGAUCCAUCCAUUUCUGUCCACCACGCUAUGUACGUAUGUGUAGCAGAUGGUUUACAUCUACGUGUUAGAGCCCGGAGAGCUGGAGAAGCUAGCUAGCGUGCUUACAGAAUAACAGCAGCCAAGCAAAGCCAAGGGUGUGUAUAUAAUAGGCAUGCCUUGGGUUGUGUCAGCUGCGACUGUAUGUAUAGUUUAAACCAAGAUGAAAUGGUACUGAUGGUGAUAUUCCGUGUUU